AUGGCAUCUUUCAGGUUUCAAAUCUAUAUCUUGGCUUUCUGUGCAGGCCUUGUUAUUCAAAGCAGCUGCCAUGGCCAUUCUGGGCUUCAGAAAAAGCAUGUAGCCCUGUUCAUCUUUGGUGAUUCACUCUAUGAUCCUGGAAAUAAUAACUACAUAAAUACCACAAAAGAUUUCCAGGCCAAUUGGUUGCCAUAUGGUGAAACAUUCUUCAGGUACCCAACUGGUAGAUUUUCUAAUGGGCGUUUAAUCUCAGACUUCAUUGCUGAGUAUGCCAAGUUGCCAUUUACACCAGCAUAUUUACAACCUGGGUUGAAAGACUAUACUUAUGGGGUGAACUUUGCUUCUGCUGGAGCUGGUGCUCUAGUUGAAACCUUUCAAGGAUUUGUGAUAGACCUUAAAACUCAACGAAGUCAAUUCAAGAAGGUGGAGAAGCAGUUGAGGCAGAAACUAGGUGAAGCAGAAGCCUACACAUUGCUGUCCAAAGCUGUCUACUUAAUCAGCAUUGGAAGCAAUGACUAUUCUAUCCCAUUAGCCACCAAUACCAGCCAGGAAGAAUAUGUUGGCUGGGUUAUUGGCAACCUGACAAGUUGGAUCGAAGAUGUAUACAAGAAAGGAGGCAGGAAAUUUGGAUUUUCAAGUGUAGGCCCAAUUGCUUCUACGCCAAGCAUGAGAGUGAUUCAACCAGGAAACACGGGCCCUUCUGGGGAGGAAGUUACAGCACUUGAGAAUCUACACAAUAGACUACUUUCCGAAGUCCUCACAAAACUGAAGAAAAAGCUCCAAGGAUUCAAAUACUCAAUGCUUAAUCUCUACACUUACUCUAAAGAAAGAAUUAAUCACCCAUCAAAAUAUGGUUUCAAGGAAGGAAAGGCGGCGUGCUGUGGCUCUGGUCCAUACAGAGGAAUUAACAGCUGUGGAGGGAAGAGAGGUGUGACUGAGUAUAAGUUAUGUAACAAUGUUACUGAGUACGUCUUCUUUGACUCUUCCCAUCCAACUGAAAGGGUAUACGAGCAAGCAUCCAAGUUAUGGUGGAGUCAUAACUUGGAGGAGCUAUUUGAAGUUUAG